AAUAUAUUUUUUUUUUUUAAGGUUUUUUGAAUGAUUCAGUUACUAAAUGCAUUGUGGCUCUACGCUUGACUGUGAUAGUGAAAGUCGGUACCUGCGUGCCUGUGGGAAGCGAUUCGGAUUACUUCCAGUGUUCGGGGAAAGGAAAAUGUAUCACCAAACCAGAUGAGGCAACUUUUUUCUGUGACUGCGAGGAUGAGUAUCAGGGUUCCCUGUGUGAAGAAUUUGAUGCUUGUCAGAGCCAGCCCUGUCAGAACAACGCAACCUGCACCGAUGUAGCACAGAAACAUGAUGGGAACAAUUUCACCUGCAGCUGCCCGGCUGGUUACACCGGAGAGCUAUGCCAGUCAGAGAUUGAUCAUUGCAUCCCGCAGCCAUGCCAAAAUGGAGGUACCUGCUCAUCCAACAUCAACGGAUUCAGUUGUCAGUGCCCAGAAGGGUUUUUAGGAACCUCUUGUGAAGAAAAAAUAGACCCUUGUGCGUCAUCUCCCUGUCAGAACAAUGGAACCUGUUACACAGAUAGACUUGCCUUCUCCUGCAGUUGUAGUCCUGGAUUUACAGGACCUACAUGUGCUCAGCUGAUUGACUUCUGCGCUCUGAAUCCUUGUGCACAUGGCAUUUGUCGCAGUGUUGGAACCAGCUACAAAUGCCUCUGUAUCCCUGGUUACCAUGGCCUUUACUGUGAAGAGGAAUAUAACGAAUGCCUUUCUGCACCCUGCCAGAACGGAGCCACCUGCAGAGACCUCAUCAAUAGCUAUGAGUGCGUGUGCCUUGCUGAAUAUGAAG